CUCAAACACGCCGUAGAUAUCUUUUCUGGGCAAUCUGUCCUUUGAAACAAUACCUCCAGCCUUUCAGUCAACAGCAAACUCGCUUCAUCACCUCAGGUAAGCUAUCAAUGAGCUCCCCCACGAACCCCGCACCUGUCCCGUCGCGCCUGUAUCGGACCUGCCGCGAUCAACAGAAAUCCCAUAUUUACGAAUUGCUGCCCGGUUCCGGACACGCCGCAAACUAGGCCUGCAGCCUGUACACUUGAAAAUCUUUCCUCCCCCCCCGGAUUUUGUCCAUCUCAAUCUCUCCGUCAUCCCAUCAAGCACCACGACUCUGCAUACCCCGCGCGCCCGAGCUACCCCUCGAUUGCCCCAGAAGCUCACUCACCUCUGCCACAGACAAAAUGGUCGUCAAGGUCGGCAUCAACGGUUUCGGCCGUAUUGGCCGCAUCGUCUUCCGCAAUGCCGUUGAGCACUCGGAUGUUGAGAUCGUUGCUGUCAACGACCCCUUCAUUGAGCCCAAGUACGCUGAGUACAUGCUCAAGUAUGACACCACCCACGGCGUCUUCAACGGCACCAUCGCCGUUGAGGGCAACGACCUCAUUGUCAAUGGCAAGAAGGUCAAGUUCUACACUGAGCGCGAUCCCGCCAACAUCCCCUGGAGGGAGACCGGUGCCGAGUACAUCGUUGAGUCGACCGGUGUCUUCACCACCACCGAGAAGGCCAAGGCUCAUCUCCAGGGCGGCGCUAAGCGCGUCAUCAUCUCUGCCCCCUCGGCCGAUGCCCCCAUGUACGUGAUGGGUGUCAACGAGACCAAGUACGAUGGCAGCGCCCCUGUCAUCUCCAACGCCUCGUGCACCACCAACUGCCUGGCUCCCCUUGCCAAGGUUGUCAACGACAAGUUCGGCAUCGUCGAGGGUCUCAUGACCACGGUCCACUCGUACACCGCCACCCAGAAGACGGUCGACGGCCCCUCGGCCAAGGACUGGCGCGGUGGCCGCACUGCGGCCCAGAACAUCAUCCCCAGCAGCACCGGCGCCGCCAAGGCCGUCGGAAAGGUCAUCCCCGAGCUCAACGGCAAGCUCACCGGCAUGGCCUUCCGUGUGCCCACCCCUAACGUCUCGGUUGUUGACCUGACCUGCCGCCUGGAGAAGGGGGCUACCUACGAGGAGAUCAAGGCUGCCAUCAAGGAGGCUGCUGAGGGUCCUCUCAAGGGCAUCCUCGCCUACACCGAGGACGAGAUCGUCUCGAGCGACCUCAACGGCAACCCCAACUCGUCCAUCUUUGAUGCCAAGGCCGGUAUCUCGCUCAACAAUAACUUCGUCAAGCUUGUCAGCUGGUACGACAACGAGUGGGGCUACUCCCGCCGUGUCCUGGAUCUCCUGGCCUAUGUUGCCAAGGUUGAUGCCGGCAAAUAGCUUGGUUGCGCUCCGCGGCUGUAGCUGAGCGCCAUCCGCUCUCUUUUCCUAGCAUAUGCGUGUAGGAAAAAAACCAAUGCAG